UGAGGGAGGAGCCUUUGCAUGGGGAUUAGUGCUGCUUCACCUAUGAGUGUGUACGCCGAGGACCAGGUUAAGUAGCUCAGUUUCACACAGUGACUGGAAUACUUCUACCUACUGUUAUGAAAGAGGCUAACUGAGUAGCUAUGAGCACGAAGGACUGGGCUAUUUAACCCUGAGAGAGGACGAAACAUACCGAGAGAGCGUUGGUGGCUAGACCUGCUGAUCGACGCUGCUUCUCCAAACUACCGUGCGCCUUUCUCGUCCAACCGGAGGAUCCGUCCCACGUGACAGCAGGACAAGAAUGAAGUCCUUGUCUGCUCAGUGACUUGUCCCCGUUGAAGAUGUUUAGUCAGAGGUCCUCUGUGAUUAUCUCUUCUCCUGUGGUUUUGGUUGCACCCAGUAAGCAGUCAGUAACGUCCUGCAUCUCCUGCCUAUGACAUGGUCUAAUCCACGUACGAUCCGGUCACUGUGAUGGCCUCCAUGGUUGCCAGCGGAAACCAAGAUGGGCAGUCUCUGGUCCUGAAAGGGGUGGAUCCAGAGACAUGCAUGAUUGUGUUCAAGAACCACUGGGCUCAGGUGGUGAAGAUCUUAGAAAAGCAUGAUCCCUUACGCACCAGCUCCAGCCUGACCCCCCUCAGUGUCAUCAACCUCAGCACUGGCUCCAGCGGUGGCCCUCGUUUUGGCCCCAUCCCUGGAGAUGAGGCGUCGGCGGUGCAGAACUAUGUGGAGCACAUGCUGUUCCUGUUGAUAGAGGAGGAGAGUGGGCAGGCCGGCGCCAUGGGCCCCAUCCUGGAGUUCGUGGUGAUGGAGAACGUGAUGGAGCGUCUCUUCGUUUGGAGCCUCCGCAGGGAGUUCACAGACGACAUGAAGCUGGAGCAGCUGAAGAUGUAUGAGAUGCUGGUUGGCCAGGCUCACCAGCCUCUGCUGCAUCACAAGCCCAUUCUGCGGCCGCUCAUGAUGCUGCUGUCGUCCUGCUCAGGCACGACAGCACCGCGGGUCGAAGCGGAGCUGGUGCUGCUGCUCAACCAGCUGUGCUGCGUUUUGGCAAAGGACACAUCGGUUUUGGAGCUUUUUUUCCACACCAGCGAGGAUCAGGGAGCAACAAACUUCCUCAUCUUCUCCCUGCUCAUCCCGUUCAUCCAUAGAGAGGGAACUGUGGGCCAGCAGGCCAGAGAUGCUCUGCUGCUCAUCAUGUCACUGUCUGCUGAGAAUGAGCGGGUGGCCAAACACAUCGCAGAGAACACAUUCUUCUGUCCGGUGCUGGCCACAGGGCUAAGCGGCCUGUACUCGUCUCUGCCCACAAAGCUGGAGGUUCCCAACGAGGAGUGGCACUGCCUGCACAGAGAGGACUGGCUCCGGAUGCCGUCCCUCGUCCAGUUUCUCAACUCGCUGGAAUUCUGCAAUGCCGUUAUUCAGGUGGCCCAUCCUGAUAUCAGAGACCAGCUUGUGGGCUACAUCUACAACGGCUUCCUUGUGCCUGUCCUUGCUCCAGCACUCCACAAGCUGACUCUAGAAGAGGUAAUGACCACCACAGCAUACCUGGAGCUCUUCCUGAGGAGUGUGUCAGAGCCGGCACUCCUGCAGACCUUCCUCUCCUUUAUCCUCCUCCACCAGUAUGAAAACGUCCACAUUUUAGAUACUCUAGUCAGCCGCAUCAACACCCCUUUCCAGUUAGGCACUGUGUCUCUGGCACUUUUCCGCACUCUGAUCGGCUUGUACUGUGAAGAUGUGAUGCUGCAGCUUGUUUUGAGGUACCUGAUCCCCUGUAAUCACAUGAUGUUGAGUCAGAGACGUGUGGUGAGAGAGCGGGACUGCUACUCUGUGUCUGCUGCCAGGAUCCUAGCAUUAACGCCGUCCUGCUGCUCGCCUGAUCAUAGCCCCCCACCUCUCCGACAGCUGGACUCCAUCCUCUUUUCCAAGGGUGCAGAGACUCCCAACACAGCAAACAGCACAGAUGAGAAGGAGAUCUUCUUAGAGGAGGACGAUGGCUCUGGAAACUCUUGCACCAUCGGCUCAGAAAUCUACCUAGAUGUCAGUUACCUUCAUUACCUCUACGACGCCCAUCUGAGCAUCAGCAGCUGCAUACGAGCCUGCCAGGUGUGGUCUGCGCCUUACGAUGGCGAGAACCCUCCUCCUGAGACGUACCAACCUGGUGUCCUGGAGGAGCCAGGGCUGAAGAUGCGGCAAACUCAGAUCGCUCUCAAGAGAGUUCCACAGCCGAUAGCGCCACGCCCUCGACCCUGCCCGCCAGAGUCCGCCUCCGUCGGUCAGCUUGAACUAGAGUGGGAUGAUAGUUAUGACGCAGGCCCGAUGCAGAUUACCGAGACUCCGGAGGAGAGUAAACCUCCAGUAAAGCCUGCUGCAGAGCCUCCAGUGCACAUCCAGGAAAUGAGGAAAACAGCCAUCAUGUUGGUAAAAGGCUCUUACAUCGAGGAAAAUGAGUUUGAGGAUGAUGUCAAGGUGUACGACCUUGUGGCGAAGAAAGACGCUAGAGAUGUCGAACGUGUUCGACUCAACUCAAGUGGCACUAAAAAAGAAGGAACCCAGCAAAACUCAGCAGAAGUUCCUCUUAAAAACGGACUCAGUCUGUCUCUCCCAGCAUCUCUGGCAGCUGAUAACAAAAACAGCUCAGACUCAAAAGUAAAAAGUCAGAAAGAUUGUAACUCCAACGUCCAAAGCCCCACUUCACCUGAGGUGGCUGACGACCUUUUGGCCCAGUAUGAGGAGCUCAUCCGUACACUGGACUCUAAAGCAGCAGGAAGACAAGUCAAAACUGAAGGAGAGAUGAAGAAGCCCCUCACUCCUGUGCUUGACGAGGAAGAUGAGGAGAUGGAUUUCACAUCCUUCUCUGUUGAGACACCAGAGAAACUUGUCUCACCUUUUGGGACCAAGUUUUCCAGCAGCUUAGCAGGGAGAAGCCAUUCAGUGCCUUUUACUGGUCCGUUUGUGAGUGUGCUGUUGUCUCGUAUGGAGAACAUGCUCUCCAACUCACUCCAUGUUAACCUGUUGUUGACUGGCAUCCUGGCUCAGUUGGCAGCCUAUCCUCAGCCUCUUCUGCGCUCGUUCCUCCUCAACACCAACCUGGUGUUUCAGCCAACGGUUCGCUCACUUUACCAGGUGUUAGCCACAAUAAAGUACCAGAUAGAAGACUUGGCUGCCACUAGGAAAGAUUUCCCCCAGCUGAUCACUGCAGCUCAGCACUGGCUGCUGGCCAGGGAGACUACACUUGUAGAAGGAGACAAAAACAGCAACAAACGCUCCAACCAAGGCGAGCUGGGAAGGAUCUUGAAGAAUUCGCCUCCACCAGCACCUAAAGCCAUCUCUUUGGACCGGACCGAAGUCUUCGCUACCGUCCUCUUCUCAGAGUUUCUCAAAGAACUGGCAGCCAUCGCACAAGAGCACUCCAUCUUAUCGUACAUUCCUAUGGAAGAGUGAUCCUGUCUCAAUAGACUCUCUAAAGACUCUUACCACGGUAUUUUAUGUUCUUUUCAGGCAAUACUUGAUGAAGACAACCUCUUAGAUCAAGCGAUUUCUACAACUUUCUAAAAAUAAUUGUAUAUUUAUUUUUCAAGCAAAGAUAAUCAGUUUCAUGUGCUUUCAAAUUAAUCUUUCUACUUUGCCAGCCAAGGAGGUUCAGAAUAAGAAAUCUGUUUCUACCUGAUGCAUACACCAGCCGAUAAUGCUCAUUCGAGCAAACUCAAGGUCCACAAACCAAAGACUUAAUGUUUUUUUUUUUAAUCAUCAUUUUAUAACCUUUUAUGAGCUUACAGGUUCUGCCCUCUGCCUGAAUGUCUUCUACAACCAGCUUCAACCACAGCAAGAAGUCUGCUGCUCUUCAUGUUUGUUAGAUACUCAGGUGGCCUUACAGGAGAGUUGUUGCCUCUGGACAAUAAAUCUAGAACCCUUAAGGCAGGGGUGUCCAAACUACAGUCCAAACUUAAAAUUGUAAAAGUAAAAAAAAAAAAAGAUGACCCAUGGGGGUGUAGCUGUCACAGCUCAGAUGUUAAAGUUUGGUUCAUGCAGUCACAUGACAAAUAUGUCAGAAUGGAGCGAAAAGGUAAACAAACAUGGUCUAAGAACAGUCACCACAUCCCAAUCCAGGUCUCACCUUCUUUUUCACACAUUUCUGCCACUUUUAAACCCUUCCCACCACUUUUUCCAAGAAAUCAAUUUUUACCACUGUCCACCUAUUAUUGCCUCUUUUGAUCCGUUAUUGCCUACUGCCUAAAGACUUUUUAGUCACGAUUAAUCCCAGGAUUCCUGUAGUUGAUCACGAUUAAUCACACCAUUUCCACCCCAUUCUAAAAUUCCUCUAUUUUCCGUUUAAAUAUGUUUUUGUGUCAUUUAAGUUUUUUCAACUUUAUUAAACUAAAACCUACUUUUAUACAUGAAUUGAAGAUGUAAAGAUGAACUAAACGACAUAAAAAAGGAACUUAAGUACUUAAAAGGAAAUACGUGAACAUUAAAAAGUACCUGUUUGAUAAUACAUGGUUAAAGUGACUUUUGAUUUGUCUACUGAGCUGUCUAAGUCUUUUUUUUUUUUUAACUGAAAUGAGACAUUGAGGAUUAGUGGUGGACUAAUUUGACAUCACUGCCUGCAGUGGCUUAACCAGAGUUUGUUGAAGGCAGAAAUAAAUCAUGCGAUUAAUUACGAUUAAAAAAUAUCAGUGCACUGGUUGUGAAGCCGAGCUAAUCGUAAUUCAUGGGCUUAAUCUUGACGGCCCUUAUUUUGACCGAUUUUAUUCUGUUUUUAAGAAGGCUCUAUAUUAUGGCACAAAGGAAUAAAAUAUGUGUUGCUUUGAUAAAAGUGGUUAUCAGUCAGGUAAAAAAAUAAGAUAUUUUUAUCACAGCUUAACUUUUUUGAGUAGCAACUAGCAAGACGAUACGGCGGAGCUAUAAGACCUCCAUUAUCUUUCCUCAAUCUUUUCUGCUGUUUUAAAAACCCUCUGGGACUUGGGUUGGUUAGGAGCCCAAGGAUCACCAUUUCAAGUCCUGGUACAAGCCAAAAUCUUAAAUGGAUCUGGAUCCUGGAGAAGUGGCAGCUCAUCUCCCAAAUGUUGCAGACAUGCCCUUGAGGAAGGCACCAAACCUACCUGAUUGGACAUUAAUGCCAGAACAAAGCAAGCUAUUGUAGGUCACAUAUCACUCUCUUAUGCCACUUUUAUUUACCUCCUUCUGUGGACGGUCAUUUCGGCUGUUGGUGGAAUUGUUUUUUCAACACAUUGUGUGUGUGUAGAUCAGUAAUGUAAAUCCAUUUUUAUUUACUCUUUAAGCUUAUUCAGUUACUAAACAUAUCUUCACCUACAUUAGACUGGUUUACCUGACAUUAUUACACUAAAGGUGGGGUAUAUCUAAGUGAACCAGUCAUCCUUUAAUUUUUCUCUAUAUUGCCCUUCUUGAAAAAAGUUUGGACACCCCUUCCUGAAGGGGACAAGGGCAGAAAAAAAUUAAGUUUGAGACUCGCACACAAACUAUCUCAUGGCCACCAUAAACACAUGAGCACAAGGAAGUUUCUUCUCUUACUUUCUGAUGCUCUUAAAGAAAUAUUUUGUGUGCCUGGCAAACUUUGUUGUAAUCAUUUGAAAGUAUUGCAUUCGGAUGAGAGUUCCUACCAUUGCGUCCCAUAGGAUGAGAAAUGUAACUCUUGUGAGCGUGCAAUAGUUGUCGUAUACAUGAAACUUUAUCAUGUGAACAAGGGCUUUUCUUGUGAGCAUAGUUUCUGACGUGUACGUGAAAUGUAUUCAUCGAUUUUCUUCUGUCCUUGGCCCAUGAGGGUUCAGCCAUAAGUGAGCACCUUGCAGAAUUAAAAUCCUAAAAUGAAGACAGCUAUGAAGGCUUGGCUGUCUCCUGAUGCAACUGUUAACGUGACUUCACUUUUUGGGCAAAACGUUGGUCACAUUUGUCUGUUUUAAAGUUUCCUGAGUCUUUUUGUUAGGUGUACGUUUGUUUUGGUGUUUCUGUCAUUCAUGAUGGUACCUCAAGAGUACUUGGACUCACGCUAUGUUUUCUUUGGGUUCUUCUUUCAAGAAGAAAUUUUUCCCACAAUGCAACGGGCUUUGUGAAUUGUCUACACCAAAACACAACACAUAUAUUUGAUAUGCCUUACUCUAGCGAUGCUCUAAAUGUACAUAUUGUAAGAACACUAUGCAAAUCAACCAUGUUUUUGGUGUGAUUAAGUCUGGGUUAUUUUCAGAAUGGGAAGGGGUAUUUAAGCUUGUAUGUGAGUUUCUUUUGCCAUAUUUUUAUUUCAGUAGGGUUAUGAUAAAAACUAGUUGAUUUAGUUUGGUGUAAUUGAGGGUUUUAGGGGGGUUUAGUUGUGAUAAGUCUGAAAUAUCUAUGUGAAAUAGUUACAGAGGACUUUUUCAGUGUAGUCCUAAAUUGCACAUGGCCGUUUGUGUAAUUGUUAAAUAAUAUAAGAAAUAUUUUGGUACAAAGCAUGCCUCCACUAUCAAAUGAAAUGGAAACACUUUGAAAAUUGUGCCUAAAUUAUAUUUUCAAUCCACAUUAUUGCCUGAUAUAUAACGGAUUCACAUGGGAGUACUACAAAUACAAGUUUAACUUGAAUAUAUGUAUGAGGUUUGUUUACCCAUUUUGAAUGAGCAAGAGAAUAGCCCUGUAGGCUGAUGUUGUAAAAUGUGUUGUUUUGCCACAUUAUGUCUGAGGGUCUGUUCUGUAUUAUCAAAAAUAUGUGGUAAAAAUCAUCAAAAUUACAGAACAAAUGGGGGAUGCAGUUUCUGAAUAAUUUUGGGUUUUUUGCAAGUUAAUAUGUUGAAUUUUGUGAAGAAACAAUGUAGAUAAAAUUAGAAACAGUUCCUUUUUCUGUCAAAAUAGACCCAUAGAUCAUCGACUGCUCUGAUGAAAUCAAACACAAAUAAGAAGAAAGAAGGCUGAAAAAAAAAUUAAAUGAUCUUGUUUAAAAGGAAAAUUACACAAUUUUUAUUACAGACAUAAUCUCCUAUAGUAACUCCAAUUGAUAAGUGAGGAAUUUCAAACUUAGUAUAUUUUCUUAUGUUAAAGAUAAAUCCAGUUUCUACUUGAUUCUAUGCAAUCAAUCAUUUAGGAUGAGGAAUCUUUGUGUGCUGGAUUAGAGAUGUAUAUUUAUAUCCAUGAAGUCCAUUUCCACUUUGAUUCAAUAUGUCUGUUCAUCUGGUAAAUGAAUGUUUCAGAGCACUUUAUCAGCCUUUUCAUACUGCAGUGUCUCUACACCACCCUGUGCAUCAACCUGCACAGACGCAGGUCAAACCUACACUGCAGAACAAUAACCACCAUGUCUGAACAGCAUUGUGGUAUGAAAAACGGGUACUAUAGACAACACAUCAGUCCAGCUUCUGUCUCUGUAGGUCCCUGUUCCAAAGAUUUGUCUUCUCUGACACCACUUGGCCUCAGUUUUCUAUCCAACAUGUGAUCAGGUCGCUGUUUGUUGCCUCUUUUAAUAAAAAUAUUUAGUAAAUGAA